AUGCAGAACAAGUUGAUAUCUAACACUUUACAUGAACAAAUCCCAAUGUACCCCGAUGUCGUCACCGCUUUUAUUGACCAAAUCAAGAAGUUCCGUGAGUUCUUGGACUCUUAUGGAAAACGUAUUUUGGUACCACUUGGCUUUUACAAUAUGAUGCUGAGAACAAAGCAGCCAAAUUACAACUUGCCUGAAUAUGAAAUCGACUCAAUCAUACCAAGCUAUCAAAUUAUUGUCGAUUUGAAUGAAGACUUCAUUGGUGUGUUGAACGAUGCAGUUGACGCUGCACGAUCGGCUCAACUUGAAAUCAGUGAGAAAGAUGUCAUCCCAUGCGAGACUAUUGUGUUUGACCAGAUACUCGACAGCCUCUUUGCAAUCACAAAAAGAAUUAGCAGAACGUAUACUUUGUAUGCGAUCGACUAUCCAUUUGCUUUAACAAAGAACACAUUUUUAGAGAAGAAUCACUCGCAAUACUUCGGGCAAACAAGAAGAAUUCAAAAGGCAUCAGAAGCAAUGGGGUACUCAUUGGAACAACUUCUUGAAGGGAUCAUGAAAUUCCCAAUGACUUUGUACAUUGCUUUUAAAAGAAUUUUUGAUGGCAUUCCGUCGAUUUACAAAAGAUGGGCAGAUAUGUACAAAGUGCUUAUGAGCAUUAAGAAGACUUCCGAAAAGACCGAAGACACUCUGAAUGAUAUUAGAGAACAUCUUAUUGUUUCACAAGCCAAAAUUGAUAUCAAUUUCAAUGGCGGAAUUGCUACUGAAGAACUCUAUGACGAGAACAGAAGGCUCAUCAAAUUUGUCGAUGGAGAAGUCACUGACAUUCAAACGUUUGAUUACGACGGCUCCCCGAUGGAACAGUCCCUCUUUGCUACAAAGGAAAAUAAAGAAGUCAGGUUCUAUAUCUUUAAUGAUACUCUAUUUAUGACAACACAACCAAAAAGAUCAAUUUUCAGUGUGAUCACACACUCUUCUUUGAAGGGGAUUUUGUUCAAAAAGAAGUUUGCCUUGACGCAAUGCACUGUAAAGGAAAAGCCAGACAACAGAGAGUUGGAGCAAUACUGUUGUGAUUUAAUUGAAGACACCCCACAGAAGACUUUCUUGACCAUCAAGUUUGAAAAAGACCCGGACCUGCAACAGUUCAUUCAGAACUUUUCAUCUGCCAAAUUGGCUUUCUUGAAAACGCAAUGCUUUGGGAUCAAUCCAAAGGAAUUUGUGAGUAAAGUGAAAUCAGAGAAGGGUAGACUGACUCCACGCUUUUUCAAUUACUGCACCAACAUUAUAGCGACUCGUGGUAUAAUGGAAGAGGGAAUUUUCAGAAUUUCAUCCGAGCAGAAAAACAUCAACAGACUUAUUUCUCGAAUCGACCAAGGCGAUUGUUACUUUGAAAUUAUCAAUCCCCAUGACGCCGCUAACUUGAUCAAAACUUAUUUAAGAACACUUCCACAAAGUAUUGCUGGCGACAAAUUGGAUGACUUCAUUGAUGCCAUUGCAUCGAAAGAACCCAUCGAAGAGACCAAAAAAGUGUUUGAAACGAUGGAUGAGUCGAAUGUCGCUGUUAUGUAUAUCUUUACCAAACUGUUGAUAGUAGUUGAGUCCAAGAAAGAGAUCAACAAGAUGGGUAUCGACAAUUUGUGUAUUGUCGUUGCGCCAACUUUCUUCUGGAAGAAAGGAGAGAUGCAGCGCCAAAAUGGCUUUGAAAUCGUCCAGUUUAUGAUGCAACAUCAAGAAGUUUUUGACGUUUACAAAGAGAAAGUGAACGCCGAAAUUCAGAAAGAUCAAGACCGUAUGAAAAAGGAAGAAGAGUUGUACCAAGAAACUAUGCAGAUCGCCUUUGAAAAGCACUGCGAAGAAGAGAAAAAACGAAUUCAAAUCACUGACGAGAAGCCGACGAUGACCAUUGACGAGUUCAAAAAGGCGAAGUUACUUGAACUUCUUGAAAAAGAGAGAGCCGAGAAAGCUGCUCUCAAUGAAAAGAAGCGUCUUGAGAGAGAAGUCAAAGAAAAAGAAGAAGAGGAGAAACGGAAAGUUCUUGAAGCGGAGCGCGAGAAAGAGCGUCUUGAAGCUGUUGAACGACAGAAAGAGAUUGACCGUCUUGAGAAUGAAGAAGCUAGAGCGAAGCUCGCUCGAGAAGAGAAGCGUGCACAAAUCGAUGCUGAGUUAGCAGCAAUGGAAAAAAAGGACAAAGAGACUGCUUUAGAGAAUGAGCGGAAAUUGAAAGAAGCCGAAUUGAAAUUGGUUGAAGAGAAGUUACGUCAAAAAGAAGCUGAAAUGAAAGCACAAGAAGAAAAGCGUGCCAAUGCUGCCAAAGUCGUAGGGAUGUGUGCUGUAUGUAACACAGAAGUUUACAACACAGAAGAUUCGAUCAAUGCGGGCAAGCGAUUAGUCCAUGAGAGGUGUUUUGUCUGUAAAAAGUGUAAAGUGCCUAUUGAAGGGAGAUUUGCAUGGAAAGAUGAUGUUGGAGGAUUUGUAUGUGCUGAUUGUGUUGCCAAAGCAAAUGCGUCCGCUGGCGUUCCUUCUGAUAAAACAUGUGGAAAAUGUGGGAAAGAGAUCGAAGGGAAAAUGUUGAAGGCGAUGGGAAAGUUUUGGCAUCCCGAGUGUUUUGUUUGUUCGAUGUGUGGUGGGAAAAUCUCGGGCGGAUUUGGUAACUUAGAUGGAAAGCCAAUUUGCAAAGAGUGCAACGCCAAACUUUAA